AACAGGCCGAACUCAGCCAGGUGCUGACUGCAAUCUAUGCGCCGCAACCUCGACCGCGAAAGCCACGAGUAUCAGCUCACCACGCCCGCUCAUCUACGACCAGUGCACAACAUCCCGCUUGGGCGCGGUCAGGGUGCCAGCCCCAGGCGACUCGACAGCAUCCACUUCCACGGACGGUGACAACGGCAGCAACGACGACGCAUUGGGACACGAUCGCCUCAGCACCCGGGCGGCAUGAAGCGAGAACGUCAUCCCGCACGACCGAAGCUGCCCCUCCAUCACCAUGUUCUCCUCGCUUAAGAGCUUCUCGUCCAACAUCAACUCGAAUUAUACCGUGUCCGCAACGGCCUCGUCGUCAGCUGGCCCCUGGAAGAUCUUCGACGCCAAGAAGAAAUCCACAGACAAGCCAUAUUCAGUCUUUGUCUUUGACAAGAAAUCCCUCGAUGCCCAUGGCAACUCCCUCGGUCGCUCGGGCGCUGCUGCCCUGAAGCGCGCAACAGAAGAGGUCGUCGAGCGGCUCAGGAAAGAGGCCUCUUCCCUCGCCCGAUUGCGCCAUCCCAGCGUGCUCGAGCUUGUCGAGCCCGUCGAAGAUACCCGCGGUGGCGGCCUGCAGUUCGUCACCGAGCCCGUCACCACUUCGCUUGCCAGUUUGCUGCAAGACAAGGACGAACAGGAACGUGCUGGAGGCGUCGGCGGUCGAUCGAGCCGCUACGUUACCGAAGAUUCCGACGGUGUCCGGCGACGGCGCGAACUCGAGAUUGAUGAAUUGGAGAUCCAAAAGGGUUUGCUGCAGGUCAGCAAGGCCCUAGAGUUUCUGCACGAGAACGCCGGCCUUGUCCACGGCAAUCUGACACCGGAUUGUAUUCUCAUCAAUGCCAAGUCGGAUUGGAAGAUCAGCGGCCUCGCGUUCUGCAGCCCGCCCGAGAAUUCGACGAAGCCGACUUCCGUGCAACCCGUCAGCCUGUCCGAGAUUCUCAACAUUGAUCCUAGGCUCCCGCGCCAGGUCCAGAUUAACCUGGACUACACGUCUCCAGAUUUUGUGCUUGACAACAACCUCACUACCUCUGCCGACAUGUUCUCUUUGGGGCUCCUCUGUGUUGCACUUUACAACUCGCCCCACAGGUCUCCCAUAGAGAGCAGUGGGAGCAUUUCUGCCUAUAAGCGAAUAUUCACGUCGUCCUCGACAGUUCCAUCCUCUGCAAAUAGCUUCCUCUCGUCACGCCCACUACCACGAGAUUUGUCGAGUUCAGUCUUGCCUAGACUCAUAACCCGCCGUCCUGCCCAGCGUAUGACAGCACGGGAGUUCCAGGAAAGCGAGUACUUUGACAACAUUCUUGUUUCAACCAUCAGGUUCUUGGACGCCUUCCCGGCAAAGACAGCCAACGAAAAGGCGCAGUUCCUGCGAGGCCUGAAUAAGGUUCUGCCAUCAUUUCCGAGAUCGGUCAUGGAGAAGAAGAUACUACCUGCUUUACUCGAGGAACUAAAGGACAAAGACCUUCUGUCCCUCAUUUUGCAAAACGUCUUCAAGAUCAUAGAUCUUUUGCCGUCAGGAAAACGUGCCUUCAGUGAGAAGGCGCGGCCGCGCCUCAAGGAGAUCUUCACUGUCAAUGCCAAACAAUCUCAAGAAAAAGAUCCAGCUCGUGAUGCAGGUCUUAUGGUUGUGCUUGAGAACGGCAAGCUUAUCGCGGACAACACAACGGGCAAAGAAUUCAAAGAUGAUGUCUUACCAAUCUUCUUAUCUGCCAUCGAGUCAUCAACGCCGUCGUUGGUCGAUGUGGCGAUGCGUGGACUCCCAGUCAUCCUUCCUGUGCUCGACUUUACCACGAUCAAGAAUGAAGUAUUUCCAGUUGUAGCAACUGUCUUCAGUAAAACGAACAGUCUGGCAAUCAAAGUUCGCGGUUUGCAGGCCUUCGUCAUCCUUUGCGGAGGCUCAAACGACUCUGAUGAUGGACUGGAUGGGUUGAGCCCUGAAAAGAAGAAGGCGUCCUCCUCCAGCGCGCUGGACAAAUACACUAUGCAGGAGAAGAUUGUUCCCCUGAUCAAAGCCAUCAAGACGAAAGAGCCUGCAGUGAUGAUGGCAGCGCUUAAUGUGCUCCGCGUCGUCGGCGAGUUUGCAGAUGCCGAUUUCGUGGCUAUGGAUGUUCUCCCCGUCUUAUGGAGCAUGAGCUUGGGCCCAUUACUAAACCUGAAGCAGUUUCAGUCCUUCAUGGAAUUGAUCAAGAUUUUGUCCAGACGGGUGGAAGACGAGCAGAUCAAGAAACUCCAGGAGCUUUCCAGCGUCACAAAUGGAGCUAGCUCUGUUUCGCAGAAUGAAGAUUUCAUGGCCUUCGGGGGCAUUACAGGCACGGUUUUUGAAGCCACUAACGGCACUGGGGACGAUGAUUUCGAGAGUCUGGUGAAGGGCAAGGCAUCUAGCCAUUCUAAAGACGUUAUGGAUGCCGGGUGGGAUGCCGAGCCAAGUACUGCUCGGACCGCCUCGCCACCCGUUCAGCGCUCGAGCACGCCACAAUUCUCAUGGUCGACACCGAGUCCUACGACCGUGACAAUGGCCCCCGCAUCGUCUAAACCGUCUUUCCGAACGGUGACUCCUGAUCUCGGCCGAUUCGAUACCUUGAAACCAACCUCGACGCAGUUCUCAAAGCCCCUCCAACCUUCAACUAGUAGCAACAACAUGAUGCAACCAGCCGCCAUGAACAGUGCGCAGGGUACGCCAGGACUCGGUUGGGGGGCCCCGUUAACAUCGACGACUUCGAAUGCCGCAGCCAACCCAUGGGCUUCCUCGACAUCGCCGGCUUCGCCGCCUGCCGCCCCAUCUGCAUUUGGCAGCAUGACAAGCUCCUUGUCGGGCAUGAGUCUCGGCAUGAACAACCAGCAGCAACGCUCAGCGUCGUCCUUCUCCCUCCCCCCGCCUCCGUCAAGUAGCAGUUCCACGCCUUCCGGGUUCAGCCUCCCUCCGCCACCAGGAGGCAGCCAGCCUCAACGGCAAACCUUCAUGGGGCAACCGGCCGUGAAACCCAACUACGGCGGCGGACUCAACCAGGCGCCUCUGGGCAGCAUGAACAGCAUGAUGGGUGGUAGCAUGAAUAGCAUAAUGACAAUGAACAGCAACAACCCGGCUAUGAAUGCCUCGGCGUUAGCGACCCCGCAAGGCCAACAACAGCAGGCGAGCAGGCAGGGCGGUGGAGGGAGCGGAUCGGGUUUAGAUAAAUACGAAAGUCUGAUCUAGAAAGCAUAGCAGAAAAGUUGGAGGGGCUUCGUCGAAUUCUGGAGAGUGGUGACCAGCAUCGCGGGCACCGUCGACGACAGACGUGGCCGAGAGUGGGAGGCAGUACGUCGUGCUUCUUGUAUCACAAGCUCAUAUGUCGCAAGCGAGGGAUACCCAUACACAAAAAGCAAUGGCAUUUUGAUGAAUGGAGACAGGC